AUGGAAGAACCUAGACUUCGAAUAGGUUCUCAAGUUGUUGUAACGGGAAAAGGUGUUGAAGGUACCGUUGCAUAUAUCGGUACGACUCAAUUUUCUGCAGGAAAAUGGAUUGGCUUGGUAUUAAAGGAACCCGUUGGGAAAAACAACGGAACUGUUCAAGGGAAGCGAUAUUUCAAUUGUGAGGAAAAUUAUGGGUUAUUCGUGAGGCCGAGUCAGUUGUCCCUCCUGGGUCCUGAUGGCCUCAUUUCCCUCAUGAACACUUCGAUUUCUUCCGCUACUUCUGAAGUUGGUUCGUCCCGAAUGUCAGCGUCUAGAGUUGAUGGCUUACGCAAACCAGGUCAGAUGAGUAAGCCAUCGAUUUCGAAAGCGGAUACUAAAAAUAAUCAGCCUAUUGGUUAUUCGAGAAGAAAAGAUUCCUCUCUUACUCGAUCUCAGCAUAAACCUCCUUCAUCAAAUAGUAGUAGGACGAGUCUUUCUUCCUCUACUACUAAACUAAAUCGCUCUAGUAUUGCAAUAAGUCAAGAUGAUCUUGCGAAAUCAGAUAUUUCGGGUAGAAUGUCCACGUCUCAAACUAGCGCAUCCACAAAACCACCGGCAUCUAGUGCUUCACCAAGUGUCACCAAACCACCAAGUCGAACUUCCUCGACUAGUGCUUUUGCUGCAGAUUCGAGUUCGGAUCGUCGAACUUCGACAGCGAUUCCUCGUCCUAAAGAACUUGUUAAGGAUCCUGCUCCUACAACAGUUAUUUCAACUUCUCAACCCGAAAUUUCUGAACCAUCCACAACUUCGGCACCAGAUGUAGUAGAGCAGAUUGAGCAAGUUCCAUCUGACGUUCGAAUAGAACUGGAAAACCUUCGAUCUGAAGUGAAAGAUCUAACUGAGAAACUUGAAGUGCUGAAGUCAAAGAGGGUUGAAGAUAGAGGUAAAUUGAAGGAGGCUGAAACGUUGAAGGUCCAGUUAGCCCAGUUAGAGGAGAAUCGAAAGUUAAUGCAGGAAAAGUCGUUUGAUUUGCAACGGCAACUUGCGCAAGCUAAUAGCGAGAAAGCGGAGAUCCAGGCUGCUUUUGACCGUUUCAAGGAAGAAAUGGGUGACACCAUGGAUGUUGUUGAGAUGGCCACUCUGGACAAGGAGAUGGCUGAGGAGAAACUUGAGACUGCCAAUUUGGAGAUUGAGAACUUGAAGGAGAAGAUUGAGGAGUUGACCCUGGAAAACCAGAUUAUGAAAGAAGAGCAGGCUACUACGCCCCUUGCUUCGGGAGAUGGAGAAGAGAACUCUGCAGUUCCAACGCUGGCGCAAUGGAGGCAACUUGAACAGCAAAAUGAGCGUAUGAAAGUGGGCUUGGUGACAUUCCGUGAUCUGGUUAAUCAAAAUAAGCAGGAAAUUGCAGCACUCACUAAGGAGGUAACAACUCUGCAAACGGAAGUGUCUCGCUUGAACGCAGAAAAGACUCGCCUAAGCGAAGACUUGAAGCAAUCUGUUGAGCACACUAUCGAACUCAAGGAACAAGUAGAUGCUGCUCUUGGUGCCGAUAAGGUGGUCAGCGUUCUCACCCAAAAGAACCUUGAGCUGGAGGAGGCUGUUGAAAAACUCACAGAGGAAAGAAAUUGCCUGGAAGCACUUUGUGAAACGAAUGAUGAGCUCCUUGAAGGUGAACAUGAUCGUCAGUUGGAAUUAGCGGAUCAGUUGGAUCUUGCCAUGGGACACCAACGUGAAUUGCUCCGUCAACUUGAAGCGAGUCGCGAAACUGUAGCUGAUUACGAGCAGACCAUUUCGAAAUUUCGUGAAGUGGUCACCCAAUUGCAGACUCAGAACACUCAACUCAAUCAGUCCCUGGCUAAUGCACUUCGCUCCGCAUCUUCAGCUAAUCUUGCUGCUAUGGCAGCGGAUCAAUCGGCCACUCAAGCCGAGGCCUCUGCUCUCAUUCUAGGCAAUCCUGUUGGAAGACAAGUGGAGGCUCAAACUGUUGCUAAGGCAAGUUUGAUUGAGAUGGAACUGCGCAAAUUGGAUGCUGAACAGGGUAUCAGACAUGUGAAAUGGAUUUCCGCUUUCUUGCCGGAGGAAUUUAGUCGUCCGGCCGGAGAUAAUGACGCUAUUCUCACUCUUUUGUUGGUCGACCGUCUCAUCUUCAAAUGCGAACUUCUUUCCACUCAGGUGAGAAAACGCUACCCACUUCCCAGCUGUAUUCGUGGUUUGGGUACUCAGAAUGGUUUUCAGUCACCUCUACCGACAGAGUCUGCGCCUGUGAAAUUUACAGCCGGCGGAGAUGAAAUGGACGAGAUUGAUGUCUUUAAGACCAAAGCUGAGAUGGCAAAUUUUACUUCAUUCCUUAUUCUUCUGCUCAACUAUUGGCAGGGUCUGCUGCAACAACUCAAGAGUGUCCUCUCAUCCUGCCACGUGAAACAUUUCUCCAAGUUGGUCGCCCUCUAUAGCGAUUUCUCUUACGGUCACGAGGGCAUCCUGGACAGUCUUCUCGAUCUCUUUAAACGAGAUCAACUUGAUGACGCUGUUUCUCUGGAAAAACUCAUCUCCUCCAUCCAAUUCUUUGUCAAUGUCCACAGGGUUCAUGUUGUCCCCGUGAUCCAGUCCCCUUCUGAAAUUAUGAACUCUACUGAAAUCAUGUCUGCUUUUGCUCGAACUGUCCUUGCAGCUUCCGAAGUUAUAACUGUCGAUGCAUCUUGCUUGGCUGCCUUCAUUGGUCAGUCGUUGGAUAUUGUGGAUCCAAAGAGUGAAAUCAGUGGAGAUGGUAUUUUGGGCAAGCUACUCUCCCAUCUCGGUCGCCUGGCAGCUUCGAUUCGCUCGCAGGCGCGUUCUAUUCGUAGAAGGCUUCCUACCAACAGUGAAGCUCAGCCUCUUUCCAUCCCAGUCAGUUUAUCUUCUUCACUCGACUCCGCUCUGCAUAAACUCUUCAUCUGUACUUUAUGCCUGUAUUCCACGGCUAAGAACACCGGGCAAAUGGUAGCCACGCAAAUGGCAGAGCAUUCUGCUUUAGAUGCUAGUGCUGUGCUUAGGGACUGUUUGGCUCCAGUGGUGCAGGCGACUCUGUCUGAAGCUGAUGUUCCUCUUGGCGGAAAUAUUUCACCUGAUCAGGCUCUGUCUUCUCUGCUUGAAGGUGUUGCUUCUCAGGUUUCUGCCACAGCUACCGCGAUGGAGCAUGGAGAAUAUGACUUUGAUGGAUCGAAGCAACCGAAGGCCCAAGAGCCAAUCCUCCAGCGGGCACUUGCCUUCAGAAAUGCCCAAUCGGAAUUGGAAAGCUACAAGGGGAAAUUGGAAUUGAAGGACGUUGAAGUUCUAGAGUUGCGUCGUGAGCUCAAGGCGAGGAUGGAUGAUAUUUCCGAAAUGACUGUCCGCGUAAAUAUGGCCGAGAAGAAGCUGGAGACAUCGGGUCGAGGUAACUUGGAGAAAAUUGCCGAUUUGGAAGACCGUCUACAGAAGAUGAAGAGCCAACGAGAGCAGACUGAAAAGGAAUUUGGACAAGCUAUGGACGGAAUGCAAAGCGAUCUAGCGAAGAUGGAGAAAGAGAAUACUGAGUUGAGAGAGAUGUUACGAAAGUCAGGUGGAUUCAACUUUGGGAAACCAAUAAGUUCUCUGCUGCACUCAUCCGGAGACCUGGAUUCGGAUGGUAGCGGCACACCAAUGAGUCCGAUGACUCUAGCUUCAAAACUAUCAGCGUAUCGUGACAACUCUGCUAUGUUGAAUGAGAUGGAAGGCCUUCGUGAAACCGUGCGUUAUCUUACCUCAGAGGUUACUAAACUUCGCGGUAGGAAGUUCCAUGAAGAUGUAAUGUCGCUGACUCCACUUAAUGUGCCUUAUUGCAAUCAACGGAAACGGCUUGAAGCAUUGGCCGACGAUGAGGGGAAUUCAGAAAAGGAGAAUAUGAAAUUGCCAUCAUCACUUAGUUUGACAGAAGUUUCUCGUCGAGUUAAUGCUGCAGUGAAUAAUUACUAUCACGUCUUAGCCACUACUCGUCUUAUUCGGCUGGCGGGUGAUGAAAGUCCAGAAGCUCAGAUGGCCCGCGAAAAAGAACGCCUCCUACAGGCUAAACGUGGCCUUGAAAAGGUUCUCACCUUGCUUCUUUUCUAUCUCAUAAUCUUGAUCGCGCAAGAUGACCUGCUGAAUUACGCUAAACAGAGACCCGGAUAUGGCAUAGUGAAGGCAGAUUUAACUACGUUUACAUCCAAACGAACUGCCCAUAGAUUGGGAAUGGACGGUGAUCGUCAAUUACUUGCUCGCAUUACGGUUCCAAACAGUGGUAUAGAACAAAUCAGGGCCAAAAAUCGUGCCAUUCGAGUUUCCGUCAAUCAAUUUCGUGACAUUGUUAAUGCUCUCGUGGCUAAUUUAAACUAG